AUGACGGCCCCGUCAGCAGCAGGACCCGACUACGCCUACGCGACCCCUCCGCAGUCGUCGGCGUCGUCGCGCGCACCGCAGCCCCUGUCCCGGUCCUUCUCGGCUCGAUCCUCGCGCCCACCUCCAGCGGCCUCAGCGGGCGCCGCUGCUGCGGGCUCCGGCGCUGGCCCAGGCACUGGCCAUCACCACCCGCCGCCGUCCCCCUCGUCCAACCAUCACCACCGAAGUCCCUCCUCCCACCACAACCAAUCCUCGUCGCUCUCGGCGCGCAGUCACCACCACCGCCGCACCUCGUCCUCCACCCGCCCAAUCCAGGACAUUCUCCCCCAAAAUGACCCCGAGACGACCAACCUAGCAGCGACAGCCUCCUAUUCCAAGCGCACUUCAAGCCGCGACCGAGAUCGUGACCGCGACCGCGACCGCGAUCGUCUACCGCCCCCCUCCAGGGGCGCCGAGUCGACAUCGUCGGCGUCCUCCCGCCAGCCACAUCGCCGCAACAGCUCGCGCUCCAACAGCCGCCAUCACCACCCCCACGCCCAGCCCGACAUGCCUCCCUCGGCCGUCCCAAGCAAUGGGACGCCCUCGGCCCCGUCCCACGCCGCGGCCGCUCACGGCCAUGGCGACGCGGCUCAUCACCAGCACCAGCAGCCGCCCGCUGCCAAGCAGGCAAGAUCGCGCACCACCAUUCCCACCCAGUCGGGCAAGUGGAUCUUGGGCAAGACCAUCGGCGCCGGCAGCAUGGGCAAGGUGAAGCUGGCUCGCAAGGAGGACGGGAGCGAACAGGUCGCCUGCAAGAUCGUUCCUCGCGGUUCCACCGAUGAUGGCCACCAGAGCCGCGCCGAUAAGGAGCGAGCUGACCAGUCCAAAGAGAUCCGAACAGCUCGCGAGGCUGCCAUCGUCACCCUCCUCAACCACCCCCACAUUUGCGGCAUGCGAGACGUUGUGCGGACAAAUUACCACUGGUACAUGCUCUUCGAGUAUGUCAACGGUGGUCAGAUGCUCGACUACAUCAUCUCGCACGGCAAACUCAAGGAGAAGCAAGCCCGCAAGUUCAGCCGUCAGAUUGCGAGUGCCCUCGACUAUUGCCACCGCAACAGCAUUGUCCACCGCGACCUCAAGAUCGAGAACAUUCUAAUAAGCAAGACUGGCGAUAUCAAGAUUAUUGAUUUCGGCCUCAGUAACCUGUUCUCGCCACGCGGCCAUCUCAAGACGUUCUGCGGUAGCCUGUAUUUCGCGGCCCCGGAGCUGUUGCAGGCGCGGGCCUACACGGGCCCAGAGGUCGACGUCUGGAGCUUCGGCAUCGUUCUGUAUGUCCUCGUCUGUGGUAAGGUGCCAUUCGACGACCAGAGCAUGCCGGCGCUACACGCCAAGAUUAAGAAGGGCCUGGUCGAUUAUCCGAGCUGGCUCUCCAGUGAAUGCAAGCACCUCAUGUCGCGGAUGCUAGUCACCGACCCGAAGCAGCGCGCCACCAUGCAAGAGGUAAUGUGUCAUCCCUGGAUGACCAAGGGCUUCAACGGCCCGCCGGACAACUACCUGCCCGCCCGCGAGCCCCUGUCCCAGCCGCUGGACUCUGAGGUCAUCCAUGCCAUGCAGGGCUUCAACUUUGGUUCUCCCGAGUCCAUCAAAGCCCAGCUUGUCAAGAUCAUCGAUUCGGAAGAGUAUCAACACGCCGUGAAGGUAUACCAACGCGAGAAGGAAAUCCCGCAGCCAAACCGGGACGGAGAGAAGCGGCGCGGCUUCGGCUUUGAUUUCUAUAAGCGCAGAAACUCUGGCACCAGCCGGGACACGCUCACCGGCCCGAGCUCUGAGGCCCUCCAGCUCGGUUCUGAUCCUCUGUACGCGUUCAGCCCUCUCCUCUCCAUCUACUACCUGGUCAAGGAGAAGCAAGACCGAGAACGGAUUGAGUCGCCUCAGGCCGCGCCCCGAGAGAAGGAACGGGAAAGAGAGCGCGAGCGGGAGAAGGCCGAGGCGAUGCCGGAGCUGGCGCCACCGCAGGCCGCCCACACGAACCCGGGAGGCUACGAGAUGCCCGGCGAGAAGCCCACGGGUGGACGCACCAGGCCGCGGGCCCGCACGCACGGCGAAGAUGACGCGCCGGAGGCCGGAGCCAAGCAGGCUCACCCGCCGCCGCCGCCCGCGCCGGAGACAAAGGUGGAGCAGCUGCAGAAGAAGGAGGGCACCGCUGCUGGCUUGCUUCGCAGGUUCAGCACCCGUAAGCGCCGGGACCCCGAUCGCCUCGAAAAGGAUCGAUCACAUCCGCCUAUGGUGCAGGUCCACUCCCCUGCGGAAAACGCACCAACAACGCCGAAGAAGAGCUUCAGCAUUCGCCGGGGUAGACAGAGCCGGGAUGACCAGUCCACGCCCGCGCUACGCUCUGCCGGGAGUCAGCCUCAGCACAGCGAGCUGCUGAGCCCUCCCGCUACGUCCAGCGGACCGCGAGAAUCUCGGAAAUCAGGCCUUGGCCGGUCAACGAGCGUCAACUCUGCAGACGUCAGGCGCGUUCGCGACGCCAGUCGCAUCGCCAAGGACCCUCCAGUGACAAGCGGCUCUGACCAGUCGGUCUCAAACGACAACCCAGGGGCCGCGCAGCGGGGCCACGCCCACUCUAGGUCCAUGAACAUGAGGGCCAAGUCGCUUGGGCACGCACGUCGCGAAAGCAUCCAGCGUCGCCGUCUCCGGCGCGAGGGCGGCCACGAGGCGGACGUUCCCGAGGAGACGGACAUGGACCAGGAGCAGAGCGGCGUGUCGACGGAAAGGCUGGACAGCUCAGACCUGGCCAAGCCCGUGUUCCUCAAGGGUCUGUUCAGCGUAUCGACAACGUCGGGCAAAUCGGUGCCCGCCAUCCGCGCCGACAUCAAGCGCGUGCUCAAGCAGCUCAAUGUGGAGUAUACGGAGAUCAAGGGCGGCUUCAGCUGCAGGCACGCGCCAAGCAUUGACCUGAACAAGGUGCAGGACCCGCCCGGCAGCCCGCCGGCCCAGACGCCUGGCCAUCGCCGCCGUUUCAGCUUCGGCGGGCUCAUGAGAGGGGAGGAUCGAGACCGGGAGGAGAUGCGGGAUGCGGACCGCGAUCGGCCCCCGACGACGCCCCGCACACCGGGCCGGUCGGACAGGGAACGCAGCUACUCCAACUCGGAGACGUCCGUGGAUAGCAUCCCGCGUCGCAACGGGGCAUCUCGGCGCGUCCCCGGGGAGACUAGCACGCAGGUGCAGAGCGACCUGGGCGGCAGCAUGGUGAUGGAGUUUGAGAUCUUCAUCGUCAAGGUGCCCCUGCUGUCGCUUCACGGGAUCCAGUUCAAGCGCCUGACGGGCAACACGUGGCAGUACAAGAACAUGGCAGACCAGAUUCUCAGGGAACUGAGGCUGUAG